GCUAUGGGACAACAUGAAGCAGCGAUGGAAAAGAGAAAAAGUAAAGCAAAUAAGGGAUGCCAUGGCUACAGGUAAGAUUGUGCCAUAUUAGAGUUUGUACUUGUGUUCGAGCCGGGGUCUAUUGCAGGAGGUGGGCCGCCGCCGGAACCGAUGGAUGAUCGGCUGUUGCAGAUCGAGGCUGCAGUUCCCCAUCUGUCGGAACGGGUCAACAACCCCUACGAUAGCGACCGACCACCAUCAACGCAACCGGGCGAUCGCGUGGCCGAUAUAAUCGCCAGAAUGACCCAGAGCAACGAGGAGGACAGUGACGACGAUCGUACCCUGGAAUUAAGCAGCACUGACUAUUUGUACAUGGAUUCUGCAAAUGCAAGAUCCCCGUUACCAGCAGACCCUACUGAGGGCUCAUCUGAGCCUGUGCAAGCCACACAGCAAGCCUCUCAGCCGACUCAGUGCACUACAACCCAGUCAGCGUCGUCGCACGAAACAGCGGUUAGCCGGCGUGCACUUUUGCAGCAGACGCUAUCCACUGAACUGGACUCCCGGCUGCAAGCGUUGCAGGAUGAAAGAUUUCAAAGAGCCACAGAGCACAAAGCCAGAAUGAGAAUGAUGCAAGAGGAACAUGGAUGGAAAAGACAGCAAUAUGCUGAUGAGGAGAAGAAAAGAAGUUAUUUGCACAGGAUGCAAUUGCGGCUUCUGAGGGCUAAACUGAAGGUCUCCUCAAUGAAAGCGGAAGUUCUUGCCAAGCAGCUGGCCGGUGAUGAGGCAAACUAGCUCUAAAU